GCCAAUGAUACCUUCGUAUAUUGCUUUUGCUUGAUGAAAUACGCCCGCAUGUUACCCUGAUUCGUAUCCUGUUGCUGCUUCAAGCGCAUGUACUGGGCUAUGGCUUGACAGCCUGCCCUCGUCCUGAUAUCGCGCCAAUAUGAAUAGCCGGUAUACUGCGAGUAAUGCAGGUGCAGAGCCGCCGCAGAGUCCUUAUCCUGUUGGCCUCUCACCAGCAUCUGCCGGCGCCUGGAAUCAGCCGUCUCGACGACGCCGUGAUGUGGUACAGCCGCCUGCACUGACGACAUCAUUCAAUGGUCCUCUGAAUCCAGGGCUGGGUGUUGCGCUGAAUGUUGGUUACACGCCGACGCCGCUGUCGACCACUUCCCUCUCCAGUCCGUUCUCUCAAAGCCAGUCCACGUACCUGCCUUCACCUGGAGGGGCCACACGAGGGUCUUCACCGAUGGCCCCGAGGAAUCUGUCCUCCUACACGGCGCCCUAUAAUCCUCGCGAAUGGGGACCGGUAGGCAGUGCAUUAUCCAAUGCAGGGUCAGCUGCAUACUCUCCAGACAAUGGGAACCGAGCGCCGCAGCCUCCGCCGCAGCAGUCGGCCUCAGAUGCCCUGCCAUCCCCUCCUCCGCCAUACUCACCUCCUGCCCAACGUCAACCAUCUAGGGACUUGGUCAAUCAAACUAUCUCACCGGCGGAUUCAACGUCCUCUGGAGCAGGGACGUCCCAGUAUUAUACGCCAACAAGCGCUACAACUGCUGUGUCCGCAGAGACACUUUCGGAACCGCGACGACCAGGGUCUCGUUCUCGCCCGCUUUCUAUGGUCCAAGCGAACAAUGCGAGUAGUAGCAUGCAGAUGUCGUUUCCCCCUCCUCCGCCAGGUACGCCGGGUCCCGGGCCGUCCUCACGACCUGGCUCCGAUAGGCAGCGCAAGGGGUUCAAUUUUCCGUCUUUUGGACUGAGAUCGAAAUUAUCAUCUGGGCCAGCAAGGGCAGAUGUGUCUCAGUCGCCGUCACCAGGUCCUAGCUACUCGACAACUGGAGCUCCGUACGCUGAUAGCUCGUUGCGCCCGCCAUCUGCCAAAAGAGCUGCCUCCACUGGAGCUAUAAACAGCACUCCAAGUUCGUCAAGAGCGACAAGUGCGUCACGCAGCGGAUCACCUCCUGGGCGGGGCUGGGAACCUGGCAUGCCUCUGCCCCCGCCUCCUCCAGGACCACCACCAGGGAGAAGGUCACAUAGUACGGGUAGGACUUUGAAUUCGCAAUCAAAGCUUCCUGCCCACGGUUCGCCGAGUAAUUGGCAAUCGCCGGUGAUGGGUACUCGUCUAGGUACUGUCCCUCCCACGCCAGCAGACUGGGUAGACGAGGACUCCGCACAGAACCACAUUGCUGGAAAUGGCGGACUAUCUCAUAUUGACGUGGAAACUGAUUCUCGAGAGCUAAAUGAGCCAAGUGGUGACGGUAUCGGUGAGCCCCAGGAUAGCAUUACUCGCCCUCGUCGAUCUUCAAAUGGAGGUCUGUUCCGAACGCCAGCCGUUAGGGACAUGAGUGCAAGAGGUAUUAGAGAGAGGCGCCUCGAGAGUUGGCAUAAACGUCAACAAGCCUCCGAGCCCUCAGGUGCUGUGUCUAGCAACGGUAAUCCGUGGGCUGACGCCAUGCCCCAGGUUAGACCAUCGAACCUUGUGCUCUCAGGGGCAGAGAGCCGUGAGAUACAUAUGGAAUCACAACAGUCUAUUAAGUCUGCUCCUCUCAGCUCCACAUAUAGCACAGGCUCGGAGGGCGCAGGAGAUAGCAGCCGGACCAGAAUGUCUUCUGGCCUCUUUUCUAGCCGGUCUUCUUUCUCAACUCCUAGGCAAGAGCAGAGCUCUGCAGUUUCCCAUCAGGACAGAUUUGCUCAUACGCCACCGUUCUCACCACACGGAGAUCUUCAUUCAUCGAUGCAUCCAAAGGGCACUGGACAGGCUGUGCCUCCUAAAGCUCUUCCAACACCACCGCCGCAGUCAGCUCAUGAUACGUCCGCGACGGGGUUAGAGAUAAGAGCCGAGCAGCGGCCUGUAUCUCAUAUCCUCCAUCUGCCCAAUGAACCACCUAUGAUACCUCAACCCUUGAGUCCUCGGCGAGCCUCUGCCGAACAGCCGCCAUCUAUGGAUCCCAUUCUCAGGAGAGAUGACCAAUUCAUGCGUGGGGCCGUGCAAAGACACCAGAGCUUCAUAGAAAAGGAAGCAGUAGCUUCGAGCGAGUCUGAAGCUUUGCGGCUUUUCACUGAUUAUAUCGUCUCUGAGUCUAUCAUUAGGAGUGAGCGAUACUCUACUGCUUGGGAAUCGGCUAACCUGGAUAUUCAACGCGUACGGGAGACCCUCUUUCAACCUCCGGCGGAGUCAGCUACUGGCCAAGAAAGUAGCACCGCUAGACUACUAUCUACCGGGAAUCGACCUUUGAGAGGAGAAACACGAGAAAUGCGUAUCGAUACUCCACAAUCUCGUCCUGAGUCUGCAUGGUGGGCUAACUACCAGCCCUGUCUCUCACCUAUUGCGAGUCUCAGCAUGAGCAAUGAUGAGAUGAGCUCGAGGGGUCGUGCACCAAGCCGCUGGUGGGAAUCAAAAACAGGUUCUAGUAGCGAAGGAGGCGAACGCAAAGUGCAACGAUCGAAGCGAGAGUCGAAAUAUAUGGGUUUACAGCGGGAGCUGCGUGAGGCUAUGCAAUGGAGCAAUGGACAGUCAGUUGCUGAGGUUCAGGAGGAGAUUGGCACUAUCAAGUCGAGUUCGCAGCCCGUCGUCUAUGGGCCUGAUGAGUACCCUCCCGAGAAGGUGGGUUGGCACGAGCAGCCACCGCAGUCCCGUCCUGACCACUCUUUUGGUGAUCCAAGCGAGGAAGACCGGAAAAUGGAUAUCUCAAGGCUCAUUACACUGCCGCCCCCUUACCCACGUCAUUACCCAGCUGUCAACAACAGUCAUCCGGACAUGGUGACUUAUCGAACCACGGUCAGAUCUAUCACAGACCUCUCUGAGAUCAGGACGACCAGAGAGCGGCACAAGGCCCAGAUGGAAAAGACUCGGGCAGACCACCAGGAUAAGAUACAGCAGAACCGUCUCCAGUUCAGAUCAAACGUCCAAAAUGAGAUCCAGCGAGGCAACAUUACAUUCGCGGAGGCCGCCCAAGCUGAAGCUACUCUAGCCGACGAAGAGAAGCUGUUAGAAAAGGAGAUGAUCAAAAAUGAUUUUGUUUCUUUCCAGGAAUCUGUUCUCCGGCCCAUGCAUACCAUUCUCACCGAACGCAUCAACAGGGCUACUGCUGGUAUUGAGGAGCUGAGGGCUAAGUUGUCCGACGCUGCGCAGUAUGGGACACCGGAUCAAGCGCAAGAAGAAGGCGACGGGAAGCCAGAAUUGCUUGAGAUGCUCACACAGUUGAAGUGGCUGUUUGAGGCCCGCGAGCAACUACACCGGGAAGUCUACGAUCUCCUCUGUGACCGAAACGAGAAGUAUCGAGAUGUGGUAUCGUUGCAAUACAGACAGAGCAAUAACGAAGAAAAAAUUCGUGAAACCGAUUCCUUCUUCAUCCAAGAUGCGAUGGAUCGCCGCGUGCAGUAUGAAACUGAUACCCUCUCUCGUCUGGAGUCCUUUAUGGAUAUUAUCGAAGAGAAUGUGGCGCGAGGAGUGGAGAUCCAGCUCUCAGCAUUUUGGGAUAUCGCUCCUUCGUUACUUGAACUGCUGCAGAAGUUCCCCGACGAUCUGAAACGCUUGGAAAUCCAGAUACCAGCCAGUGAAUACGAGGAGAGCCCUAGCUACCAUGAGCACCCGCUGCAGUAUCUCUACUCGCUGCUUACUCAUGCGGAAAAAUCCACAUAUCAGUAUAUAGAGUCGCAGACGAACCUUCUUUGUCUCUUACAUGAAGUCAAGUCUGGUGUCAUGGGCGCCAACUGCAAAUUAAUGGAAGCCCAACGUAUCCGGCAUGGCGAGGCGGAGGAUGUGGUCCGGCACGAAAUGCGUGAAUCCCGCGCUCAAGAAGAGCGAGUUUUGAUCACGGAUCUGAAAGAUAAGGUCUCCACAGUAGAAGGGCAGUGGACUGAGGCAUUGGGUAGUCAGAUCCAAGAAUUACGAGAGCGUGUGAGAGACUUGCUCAUCGCUGAAGGUGGUUGGGAAGAGGUAGAGCAGUUGGACGGGGUCUGAGGACUGCUGGUGUUCGAUUUUGUUCUUUUUUAUGCAAGAUGAUUUGCGAUAUUUACUAGAUACCCCAC